CAUGCACUAACUCAGCUACAUUGGUAAAGAUAAAGCGCUUUAUCUGCGUUAUAACACUGACACCAGGUGGCGAUGUGGAGUCCCGUCUUUCGCCAACUGAAUGCCCCUGUAGGAAACUUACAACGCGUUUAACUGAAUCGCUUCUUUGACGUGUUACCUACUCAGCUGUAGAUUGGUAAAGAAAGAGCAUUUUAUAUAUGUUUGUGCAUUGUAACACACGGCGACACCAAGAUGGCACUGUGAAGUUCCGUUUUUGCCAACGCGGUUUUCUCAUAUAAAGUUUACGACGACUUUUCCCUGAAAUGCUUCUUUGCUGGGUCUAGAGAUCCAGCCAUGGUUUCCAAUGCUGUGCCAACACAACAAACCUGUGAGGUAGGCUGGGCAGAGCGUGGCUGACUCAAGCCCCCUCUGCCCAUUUUAUAAAGCAACCCUGUGGGGAUAGGUAGGAAGAGAGUGACUGGCUGAAGGGCCCCCUCAAUUUUAUUCUCUGAAAAACUGUGUAAAGUAGACUAAGCAGAGAUCAGCUGCCCUCCUUGCACGUCAUAGAAUUGCAGAGAUCGGAAGGGACCACCAGCAACUGAGCUAUCCCAGGCGUACCCACAUUAUCCUCACAGCAAACCUCAUUCCCUUUGGGUAAGCGCCUGGAACCCCCAGAAAUUUGCACUGCUUGGAGGUUUGCAACAAUAUUCACAGAUAGACCACCUUCUGAAAUACACAAAGGGUUGAAGCAGGCUAUUUUCAAUUACAGGUAGGUCUUGGAGAGAUCGAGAUCCCUGCCUCAAACUUUGGGGAACCACUGCCUGCCCGUGUAAACAGUACUGUGCCAGAUGGGCAAAUGGCCUAACUCACUAGAUUAUUCUGCAUGAUCAUGUUAUAAUACUGAUUGACGGGAUCGUUGUACUAAUCACAAAAAGUAGCCCAAUUAAAAAGUGACAGAAAAUUGCACUGGGAGAUGAUAUAUAAUGAACUAAAAAAGGUAUUUAACUAUACCUUCUUGAAGAAACCAGAGGCCUUUCUCCUGGGCAUAGUCGGCCAAUCGGUGUUAAAAAAGGACAGAACUUUCUUUAUGUAUGCUACAACAGCAGCAAGAAUACUCAUUGCAAAGCAUUGGAAGACACAAGAUCUACCCACACUGGAGGAAUGGCAGAUGAAAAUGAUGGACUACAUGGAAUUGGCGGAAAUGACUGGCAGAAUCCGAGACCAGGGAGAAGAGUCGGUGGAAGAAGAUUGGAAGAAAUUUAAAGACUGCUUACAGAAAUAUUGUAAAAUUAAUGAAUGUUAGAAUGAUGUUGGAUUGAAGUUAAGCGGUUUCUAGCUGUAUAGGUACAAAAGAAUAUGGAAAAAUUGGUUUUUAAUAUGUAAAAAUCUAACGUUACAAUAUAUCAGGACUAAGGAUUAGGAUUAAAAAGGAGGGAAAGGAAUUGUUGGAUUAACAAAUUUAAUUGGAAUACAAAAGAGGGAGGUAUGAGGAGGUCCGGGAAACAAGUAAACGUAAAAGAAGUGAGGAAAAGAUGGAAUUGUUUUUAACUGUUUUUUCUUUUUUUUCUACUUUGUAUUUUUCCUUUUUAUUGUUAUUUUUUUUUAUUAAUGUGAUUUUUUCCCCUUUGAAACUUUAAUAAAUAUUAUUUUAAAAAAAAGAAAAAGAAAAUUGCACUGGAAAGCGCAGGAUAGCAACCACUAGCUGGCAAAAUUGUACAGCCUUGAACAUAUCAGAUAUUGGACAUAGUCUCCUGUGCAUAUCAGAUAACUGCUGGUCUGGAAGCAGGCACUCUCAGCCUAACCUACCUCACAGGACUGUUGUGAGGGUCAAACAGGGUGGAAGUAUCACAUAUAUUGCCUUGAGCUCCUUGGUAGCGAGGGAUAUAUGUGUAAUGAAAUGCACUACAGUAGUUGCAACCUCCUAAAAAUGGAGGAUCAAAAUCAAUGAGGAAUAGAGUCCAGGUGUUACAUUUGUGGCAGAGAUUUAACUUGAUUACCAACCCCCUCAAAAUCAUUCAUUUUCUCUAAUGUUCACACAACAAUCUUAUGUAGGAGCAGCCUGAGGCAGAAGAAUUAAAGCGACGUGGCUAAGGUAUGAUUUGAACCCAUGACUUAAGUUCUAACUACCCCCCCCCACCACUUUUUCUUAGACCGCCUUCCCGCUUAGCAACGGCUGUUCCAUCCCAAUUGGCCCCGCUGGGAACAUUUCUUUGAUUGGAGGAGACUCCAGACUUUGGACCAAUCACCGGGAGCCACGGGACUCUCUUUCGCCUGUCCGGUGCUGGAGGACAACACCGAGCGGAUCUGUUUGGAUUGUACCAUGUGAAGACUGGAAGGGGGUGGAGACUACGAGGAAUUAAAGGACUACCCUCUUCGAUAUGAAUCUCUUUCGAAAUACAAGUUUUAAUCACUCGACGAGAGUGAAUCUACGACUCUCCGGUCGGGAGGCUGUGAAACAGAGCGGGGUCGGGGAGAAAGUAGAAGGCUGAGGAAAGCGUUUGGUAGGUCCCUAGCGGAAGUGAGGUAUCAGCUGAGCGUCGGGGCUUCCGGUUAGGCAGAGAAGAGAGGAGUUGGUGCUGGUUGAGGUGGGCGCAGAGGCUUCCGGGGCUGCCGGGAUUAGGUGAGUCGUUAGGGUAGCGGGAGAAGGUCGCGGGUGGCUGUCAAUAGAGAAUGGAGGGAGGUGGGCCUAGGCCCAGGCAGGGCUGGGAGGCAGCUGUCAUGGUGCUCGGACGCAGGCGAGGCCUUCCCCCUCCCCUCCAGCCCUGGCACCAGCCUCCAGGUGAAGCUACGUGGAAGGGCUGCAGUUCAACAGCCUAAACCAGGAACGGGGAGAUCUGACCCUGCUGACGUGGCUGGACUCCUGCAGCUGCCACCAUCUCUGGCCACUGGUCCUGCUAGCUGGGGCUGUUGGGGGUUGCAGCCCAGCAGGGUCUGAAAGGCCACAGCCCCCUCUUCCCCAGUCCCUGCUGCUAAGCGUAUUCCCAGCCAGUGUUAGAAACUGAGAUAUGAAAGCUAGGAGCUGAAUGGCACCUUAAACCUAGGUUAUGGGCGCAACAACGGAAUGUCUAGGUGCACUCUUUUUAUCGCAAGAAUACAUAGCUGGAAAUGAGUGAACUGCAGCUAAAAUAUUAUGUUCAUUUUUCACGUGCUCUGGUCCUUCCCCUGCCCACCCACCCCUAAUAUUCUUAAGAGAGUCUCUUCUCCAGUCUUCAGAGAAUAGCACAAAGUGGGAGGCAGAAAAAGUUCCUCCUUUCCUUCCACUCUGCAGGUUUAAUCUGAAAUCAUGGGCGCAGUACUGCACCCAGAGCUCGGAAAUUGCUUGCGCUAAUGAAAUUCCCUGUCACAAAAUGCACCUAGAACAAUGUGAGUUUCAAACACUGUUCCCAGCAUGUGGAAGGCCCCAUGAUUCACUCCUCUGCCUGAAACCUUGGAAAGCUGCUGCAAAAUCCAGACAUUACUGAGCUAGAUAGACAGAAGGGCCUGAUAAACAGGUAGCUUCCUGGAUGCUUCAAGGAGGUGGGCAAGUUAAGGAACACACAUAGUAGACAGUUUAAACUUAUUGUGGAUGUGGCUUGUUAACUACAUAGUCAAGUAUGUAUUGUACACGUGUACUGCCACAUGUGUUGGGGAGAAGUAAGACGUGGUGGAUUGAAUUUGCCUGCUACUGUUUCUUACAGGUUUCCAUUGUAAAACAACAAAGUUCUGUGGUUUAUCCUUUCUUCUACCCUCCCCACUGGGUGUGCCCUCUUCCAAGAUACUGCCUCCUACCCAAACAGACAUUUAGCUGUUUUGGUUUCUUUCCAAUGAAGUUUUUUGUUUUGCUGAAAUACAGAAUGAAAUCUUGGAGUUCUUCUGAGCAUGCUGAAAACUUCCCUUUGGUUUCUGCAAAAACUGUAAUCUGGCUCACACCAGCUUAGUUUGCUUCAGAAGUAAUUGAUGUUACUUUACCUUGCUGUCAUUUGCUUAUGUAAUGUCUAAAACCUUGUGUGUAUAUAAAUGCAGGUAUAAACCGAAAAUAGUGUUUUGAUUUAAACUUUUUUUUAUACACUCAAGGUGACAUACAGCAUGUGGUAAUACUUAAUAUUUAUAUAGGAUUUUCUAGCUGUAAGCUUUACACCAACUUUAUAAAGUAAUCCAAUAUUAAUAUGGGUACACAUUGUGGCUGAGAUAAAGUGUUUUUGCAAGAACCAAUGAGGAGCUCAUGGCAGAUGUGAAAUUUGAACUGAGGACAUUUUGAUUUGUAGCUUGGUCUCUCAGCUGAUAAAGUAUAGUUGUACCUUGAUUGUUGAAUGCCUUGCGACUUGAAUGUUUUGGCAAACACUGCAAACCCGGAAGCGAGUGUUCCAGUUUGCUAACGUUCUUUGGAACUCGAAUGUCCGGUGUGGCUUCCACAGCUUCCGACUGAGUGCAGGAAACUCCUGCAGCCAAUUGGAAGCUAAGCCUUGGUUUUCAAAUGUUUUCUGAAGUCGAACGGACUUCUGGAACGGAUUCUGUUUGAGAACCAAGGUAUGACUGUACAUCUGUUUUCAGUUGAUGUACUUUAAUAAUAUAAUCAUAGAAACAGUAACAGCAAAAAGGAGAGAGGAACUGAGGCAGGACAAGCAGGAGUGGAAUCUGCAGUUGUUUCUGUUUCUUGUAUUUCAGUUUAGUUACAGUAGAGUAUGGUGACAAAGGAGUCUCCAAAGGUUUCAUCAAAAAGGUGGGCUUUGAAGUGAUGUUUGAAGGAAGUAAGAGAGGUGGCCAUGCAUGGAGGUGUUUUGGGAUGCAGGGAAAGAGAGAGAGAAAGGGAGAAAGAGACAAGUCAUUUGAGGGAGCAAGACACCUUCCGAUGGCUGAGGUUGGUGGAUCCAGUGGAAGGACAGUUACAGUUGGGAUAUAAGAGCAGGCAGAUUAGGUGGGUAAGGUCUUGGAGGACUUCGAAAUUAAGGAUGAGAAGCUUGUGCAGAAUCUGCGAGUGGACAAGAAGCAAGUGGACUGUGCUUACCUAUUUAAACAUUUUUGCUGCAUCUAUCUAUUCUAAAGGUUCAAAACAGCUGAUAACCAUCCUAAAACAAUUAAAUGAGAUGGACCAGUGCAGUCCAGCUAGAAAAAGAAAACUAUCUAACAUGCACAAACGAUAAAUGAACACUGACCCCAAAGGCCUUCUUAAAUAGCACAGUUCCUGCUCUCAGGCUUGCACUAAAAAAAGGCAAUACAAAAAAGGAAUAGAGAAAAAAGAGGCAAGGAAGCAAGCUCAAAUUCUUAAUGUUGUACAGUUCUUAAUAAUAACCAUAAUGUUGGAAUGUAAACAGACUGUUUAUAAGCUUUGGUGGGCCUCUGAGAAAUAGUAUGGCAACUAGACUUUUUUGGAAGUGGCUGCAAUGUAAGUGGAAUGGCCUUGCAAGGUGGGGCCAUGGCCUUCUGGGGCUUAGCUGGGAUUUGCCAGCUUCUUAUCAUUCCCAUCAUGGUAAGUAGGUAAAGGGAGACCUGUUGAUACUGUCAACCCCAGAGCAAGCAGCCCUUACAGUUCAGUAAGUUCUGAAAGCAUCCGGGUGGGUGGGGAGCAGCGCAGUCUGAUGAAAACAGCAAGUGGAGGUGGCAGUUCCUCGCUGCAGCUUAUCUCCCUCACAGCACAGUUGGAAAAGGAAAAUUGAUCAAAGGAGGAUUUCAAUGUUAGGAUUCCAAAAUAGAAUAGCUUCCUGUAUGGCAGUGAUCUGAGUGCUGGUCUGAUUCAGCAGGAUGAGUACAUAUUGGGGUGAUCAUUAUAUAGUGUUUAAGGGUGCUCAAAACAUUUCAUGUAUAUCUUUCUGUACUCCUUACAACAACUCUGUACGGUAAUUCAGUUUUUUUAAAUAAAAACACACACAACCCGCACUCUAAGGAACAGGGUGAUCAGCUGAGACAGUAAUCUUGGUCUAGGUGUUCUGUGACAGGAGUGAGAUUUAUGCUAAGGUCUUCCUAAUUCAUGCGUUUGGCUGCAAUCCUAUGCCCAUGUAUUUGAGAAUAAGCCCCACUAAACUUGAUGGAGUUUAUUUCUGAGUAGACAAAAAAUCAUGAAAGGUGUGGAGAAAAUGGGUAGACAUUUUUGUCCCUCUCAUCAUGUUAGAAUUUGUUGAGGAUUAUACAGCGAAGUGGAUUGACAAAAGAUCCAGACCAGGUGGAAAGUCAAGACCUCAUACUCUGCACAUAUAAUCAGUUUGUGGUACUUGUUGCCACAAUAGGCAGUGUUGACUUUUUAAAGUGAUUAGGCAAAUUCUUGAAAGGGAGCAGGCAGUGUCUGUCCGUGACUUUGAUGACUUGAUGUUACCUGAGUGAAUGAGGAUACCUUUGAGUUCUGUAUGCUGGGGACAGACAUGGGAGGCCUGUUGCCUUCAUGCCCUGCUUGUUGGCUGGAGGCAUCUGGCAAAACCACCUUGAAACCAGGGUAUUGCACCAGGUGAACCCAUGACUGGAUGCAAUAGGGCCCCUCUUAUGUUCUUGAUACAUGCCUGUGUACUCCUAUCCAACAUCCUAUUCUCUCAGCAAAGAUCACUGUCUGAGCUCAUUGUUUGUUUGUGUCUACUGCAUACAUUGAACUUUCUGUGACAGUUCCCUUUGAAAAGCCACAACUUCACAGAAGGAGUCACCAAUCAGUUACUGAUAUCUGUUAAAUUGGGUGUGAGUCUAGCACCUGGAGGGCCACAGGUUCCUCCAGCCCUGCUUUAAAUAUAUAACUAAUCUGAAGUGGGUGGGGGUUGAUAUGUAUGGGUUGAGUUUCCUUCUUCCAAGAACCAUCUUGCAUAGAUUAUUAAUUCUGCUUCCAGGCUUGGUCUUCAUUUCAAAUUGCAGCACAGUAUCCUCUUUUGCCUCUGCAUCUGAAGGUGCCAACCUUUAAGCUUCCCCUUGCUUCUGUGAUGUAAACACAGGUUACCGUAGCUCAGCUACCUUUGCCUCUUGCAAUGACCCAUACCCCAUUGCUACUCCCCAGUCUGUUGGAGGGUGACAAAACUUUGUCUUCAACACAGUUACCAGGUGUGUGAAAUGAGAGGGAGGUAUUGGUAUCUCCUAAGAUAAUGACAGACUAUCCUAAUAAGACUCUAUAUACUGAUAGCUCUUGCCUUCCCUCUCUUCAGCCGAAUGUUUUCCAACUGGUCAGGCCAGAUGACAGGGGAAAGAAUGAAGAACACAACAGGUUUUCAUUAGUUUGUGAAAGGGUGUGAGGGGGAGUUCUCUAGAUUUAUGGCAGAAGAUAGCCAGAGUGGUGUAAUAGCUGGAGCAGGGAGACGGGGGGUUCAAAUUCUCACACAGCCAUGCAGCUCACUCAGCUCACUGAGUCAGCAACCACAUCUUAGCUUGACCUUUGGGGUUGUUGUGAGAUUGGGGAGUGGGGUGUGCGUGUGCUGAAAAUCUAAGAAAGCAGUACAUUCUGAUACGGAAAAAGUGUUGUUUCCAAAAGGCUCAUGUUCUAGAAUGCGCUAAACCAAUCUGCUCCUUUAGGGUUAUUCUUUCCCAUAUUUCUGAUCGUAACUCCAGCAGCUUUUGGUGCUUGGAGCUAUCAGGACAGCCACAGUUAGAGAUGUGUAACUGCCAGACAACCUUUAUAGUGAGCAUUCAACCUGAUUUGUUUACAGAGAAAUUAGAUGACAAGUGUUAAUCCUACACUUUCCAGUGCAUCCUCUUAUCACUUUCCUUAAUUUAAAUAGUCUGAUCUUUUGAGGGAAGGGAGUUUGUUUCACAGGAGCACUGUGCAAUUCAAAUGAACUGCUGGACUCUUGUGCAGUGAGUAGGUAAAGUCCUGGCGGGUUGUGCUCUGCAUUUUCAGCUUUGAGCACAAAACCACGUUGGAUCAAAUCUCUGCUUUUCCUUCAGUGGGCAGCCUGGUUUAUACACAUUAAAAAUAACUUGCAGGCUUCCAAAGUGAAAUUCCAUGGUGUCUGCCUUCGUGGCUUGCUGUAAAUAUUUCUGGAUCAAGUUUGGUUGCCCGGUUAUAUUCCAGGCUCUACUGCUGGAAGUAUCAGUUGGACUCUUUGGCAAGUAACCGUUUAAUCAGCAAAUAAUCUUCUCUGCAGGUACACCAAAGCUGCUACAUUACAGUGUAUGCCAUGUCAGUUUUGAUCCUGCAAAAUUUGUUUCAGCCCCACUUCACAACUGCCACAUUUCCUGGUUAGCAUAACUCAAUGCAGGCCUCACACAAGUGGAGACUAUAAUGGGACACAGAAUUCAGCAUGUAAAGCAGGGAUUCUCCUGCUUGUAGUCCUCCAGGUGGUGUUGGACUGCAGCUCCCACUGCCUCUGACCAUUGGCCCAUACUUGUUGGGUUUCCUCAUCCCUGAUCUAUUGCUAUUUUUCUGUAGCAAAACCAGGUUUCCAACCCUCAUGGCUUCCAAGAUAGGAAGCAUCUGGGUAGUGUUUGCUAAAGUCAUAGAAGUUGGAGGAGACAGUGGGUUGCAGGACUUGGUUUUGGGGAGAGGAGAUAGAUGUUCCUGUGCUCUGCGUAUCAGUGGGUUUGAAUCAGUAAUAGAAGCAAAAUCCACAACUUGCGUCCCUUUGCUUAACCCUGCUACCUUCAGGGCGGGGUUUUCCUUCUGUCAAAGUUAAGAGUUUAAUUUCAGCCUUGCACAUUCAUCCACAUGUGUUCCAAGUAUGGAAAGCAUUUUAUAAGCCAGCUAGCCAACCCCAUGUCCAUGUUGCUAAUUGGUGACUCUUUCAUAUACGGUGGACGCUCGGGUUGCGAACGUGAUCUGUGCGGGAUGCACGUAUUGCAACCUGCAGCGUUUGCAACCUGCAGCGUUUGCAACCCGCCUCUGUGCAUGCACAGGUUGUGAUUCGGCGUACCGCAACCGCCAAAACCUGGAAGUAGCCCGUUCCGGUACUUCUGAGUUUUGGCAGUCCACAACCCGAAAAAAUGCAACCUGAAGCGGCUGUAACCCGAGGUAUGGCUGUACAAAAAAGUGUUUCUGUCCAGUUGUCAUGAGGCAGCUCUUGCAAGCCCUAGGUGAUUGGCUACUUGCAAUGCCAUAGUGUAGGACGUGUCAGCAGAGGGUUUGGGCACAGUAACAACAUUUCUCAUAAGGCUUCUGAGAAUAGCAACAUGGAUGCGCAAGGCCGUUACUAUGCAAAUUGGGUGGCUUGUCCUGUUUUGCCUUAUUCACAAGCCGAGGCAAGCAACGGCCCAGUCUUUUGUCUUCAACCACUUUUUUCCUCCUCUUACACAGGCUGCUGGGCGCUGGGCUGGGGAGAUGUUCCGAACAGCCAUCAUGAUGGCUGCCAGCCUGGCCUUGACCUCUGCAGUGGUGGCGCACGCCUAUUAUCUUAAGCACCAGUUCUACCCGACGGUGGUGUACCUGACGAAGUCCAGUCCCAGCAUGGCGGUGAGUCUGCCUACCCCAAUUGCUGCAGGGAGGUGGGCAUAAUAUCAGGUUUGAUCGCAUGGCUGUGGCUUUAAAGGGUCUCCAUUUAAAAAAGGAAAGGUCCUUUGAGGAAAAGUGGAAUGAACUGGAGAAAAGGCGGAGAGGACAUAAAAGCACACUCCAGAUACCAUUGCUGAGUUUAAUCUUUGAAGUUUGUACAGUGGGAGGAAUAAUCAGUGCAUUCAAGGAUGCUUAGCCAGCAUCUCUUCAAACCCUGGGCCUCUGGCAUAUGAUCAUCGUGGCUUUCUGAAACCAAACUUUGGUUCAUAUAAUAUGUGAACUUGCUCCCUCUGUGCAGUGCACCAGAACCCAGAAAAUAAUUUCAAAAAGACCUAAAUAAUAUGAAUCAUAGUUCAAGUCUAGCUAUCAAUCCUGGAUCUUUAAGGAGCCACAAGCAACAGUCCUGAGUUUGCGUGGCACGGGAAGCCAAGCUUAGGAGUGGCCUCUGUUUGUUUUUCUUUCUUUGUGCCAGCAGUUGAGGCAGUGCACAACAGCCCAAGGUUAUUGCGCCAUGUGAAUGCUGCCUUGUUGUCUGCUGCUCAGUAAAUGCAGGACUAGCUCAAAGGGGCUUAAGCUAUAAAGGGGUAGAUUACGGUUGAACAUUAGGAGAAACUUUGUGGUGAGGAGAGCAGUUUGAUAUACAGUUUGUCCCUUUUCCAUUGUGUGCAGUUUUUAUUUUUAUUUAGAUUGUAAGCUUGUGGGUAGGGACUGUCUUGAUUUGAUUGUAUGCAAGCAGCUCUUGGAAUCUUUUCGGCAGAAGAGCAAGAAGCAGAUUCUCUGAAUAAAUAAGUUACGUCAAGGGGUUCUCCUUUGCUGGACAUAUUCAAGCAGAGGCUAGAUGGCACUUAGGACAAUUGAGGAUGUAGUAGGUUUUUGAACUUCUGGCGUCAAGCAAAGUGUUGAUCCAGAUGACCUCACAAGAGUUCCUUCCUCAACUUCAGGGCUCUGUAGCCUGCUGCCUGAGACUCUGGAACUCCUGCUGUCCAGGACUGUCUACCUUAGCUGCUUAGGUCAGGUGCAGGGAACCCAUUUGGUUCAGUAGACCAGAUCUUUCUUACCCUCUGCCCUGCCCCCUGUGACCCAGCUUUGUCCCACCCACCUGUCAGUCAUUUGAUGUCAUAAUAUAGUCAGGUGGUUGCUCCCACCCACCUGUCAAAAGUUUGCUCACAGGUGUGUUUGAGGGGUUGGGAUUGGAGACAUACUGAGCAGGAUUGAACUGCUUGCUCAUAAGCUGACAAGUUGGGGGUUUGUUCCUGCUUUCCGAUGUCACAUAUGACACUGGGUAUGGAGCAGAUGAGUGUGGUUUGGGCGAAUGGCCCAGGGAACCAAAUGGAGAGGCCUGGCAGGGAAAACAUGACCCCGGGCUAGAGGUUCUGCCCCCCUGGCCAAGACUGACUCAGGUUAUAUGACCCAGGCUAAAGCAACACCCAGUACAGGAACUGGGAAUGAGAAGGAAAGGCUGCUUUCUCUUUCUGUGGUGGUAUUCUGUGGUGACUGAGUUCACAACAAAGUUUUCUAAAUGCAAUUACUGCACUGUUGGCCCCAUCCCAGCCCUCAGUGGAGUUUGGCAGAGUAAAAUCUGCAGACUAAGCUUGUGGCAAUGGAACUGUGGUGUGAAAGUAACAAUGGCAGUUCAAACCCUUUUACUGUUAAGUUUGCACCAAAGUAACAUGUUGAUUCCAGGUGUCCUUCUUCUCCUGCCAGGGUCCCCUCAAAAAAUGGUCUCAUCAAAGCUGCCAUCUGCAUUUCAAGGGAAGCCUUCAGUGUAAAGCCUUAUUUAGACCUACAUGUGUAAGGAAUAGAAGAACCCAAACAAUCUGCAUAUAAUAGAGGUUUUCUGAGAUCCAGGCGUAGGGCAUCUGAAAUAUAGAGCUCACAAAAUAUUUCUGCAUCACAUAGUAAAAUUAAGCAGUUUUGAAUCCUGGGCUUGUGCCUCAGAUCAAAUUCAUGUCUCCUUUGCCAACCAGGAGCCUGGAAUGCUUCCAUCUGCAGUUGUAGGUUUCUUCAUUGGGGUUUCCUGUUACAUACAUGCAUAAAAGAAUAAUUUGGUUUGGGAGAUUAGGAGGAGAUGCUGAGGAACCAGAAAGAGAUCAAAAUAUAUUCCCCCACCACGGAGCUCAGCAACACAGUCUAUCCUGUUAGCUUCUGAGGGGAGGAUUGUGGGCAGCAAUGAAUGACACCUUUAAGUUUUGUCUGGCCUGCACAGGGAUGUUUGCUAAAAAUGAUUUCCCACUCUGCCAUUUAUUCUCUCCUCCUUGCUAUGUCAGGUGCUGUACAUUCAAGCUUUCGUCCUGGUGUUCCUAUUAGGCAAAUUCAUGGGCAAAGUCUUUUUCGGACAGCUCCGAGCAGCGGAAAUGGAGGUGAGCCCUGUUGGGUGCAUGGUUGUUGUGGGCCUUGUGGGCGGGCACACAUGAAAUGCUUAAACUAAGAGCCAGAAACUCCGCAGUCCCCUUUGCUCAAUCAGCAUCAUCCUGUGAUCACAGAGGAGAAAAUAGGUUUGGCUCACAAUGGGGGAUCUGUAUCAAUCAUCUCUAAAGGGUGCUGUGAGCUUGCGGGGAAGGAUUUUGGCAUCAUUUCCUAGAGUUAAGCUGUAAAUAACUUGCAUUUCUUUACCAGCUAAUGUGUCCUGAGUUCCUUUAAGUUUUGGCUGUAGUGGCACAGCAGAGAGGAUUUUUGAGUACAAUGAGGAGAGAGACGAGAUGUUCAGUUACAUUGCCAUCAAACGUUCUGAAUGAUAGAUCUUUAAUUCCUGAGCCUUUGUACAUUUUGGUAGCCGUAAGGUCUAGAAGCACCAUUGUGUUCACAUGGAACUGGAGAAUUUCAGAUCUUUUCCCAAGCUCCUGGCUUCCCUGCCAGCUGUUAAGAUUUCUACAAUCUCAGUUCCACAGUUGCAGCGGUGAUGGGAUUUCUAACUCACCACCCCCCAAAACGGCAGCAGUGCUGGCUAGGCAUCCAGGCAAGCUAGAUACGUUAUCACAAUUCAAGAGCAAUUUUCAGUGAGGCAAAAACACUUGAGGAGGGCAUAGAGCAUGCUGCUGAAGGGUGUGACCUGGGGACAGUUGGAAGAGAGGCCCCAGAGGGAUGUUUCUUGGCCUGAGGGUUCCCACCCUUACUUUGGAAGCAUAGCAAGGAGGGUGCUUCUUCUGGAGACGACUGCAUUUGUGGGGGACAGAUGGGCCCAGGAUUAGAGAGAGCUCCUUAAAUCAAUCUCUCUCACACAGCAUCUGCUUGAGCGGUCAUGGUAUGCAGUGACCGAGACCUGCCUUGCCUUCACAGUCUUCAGGGAUGACUUCAGCCCCCGUUUUGUGGCCCUCUUCACUCUCCUCCUAUUCCUCAAGUGCUUCCACUGGCUGGCUGAGGACCGUGUGGACUUUGUGAGUAUGGUGGCCCCAGGGUGCACCACCUGGAGGAAGGGCUAGGGUGGGCUGAAACGGUUCUUGCCGCUCAGACGCACGGUGGCGGUGGGAGAAAUAAAACGGUUUCCUGAACAGUUCAAGCAGCAGCCCAGUUUGGCAGUUCUUGUAUCGUGGCUCAAAAGCAAGGCUGAUGUGCAUUUCUAGGAACACCUGGGGCUUUGAUAGUUUUAGGUAUAUUACACUGGUACAUCUCAAAGCAAAAAUACAAUCAUAUCAUUGGAGUUGCUCAAAAUGCCUGGGAGGGGGAUCACAUAUUUGCCUGGUGCCAAAACAGUGACAAAAUUGGGCACCAGGUGGGCCUCCUUGGGGAGAGCAUUCCUUUAAAAAUGGGGCUACUGCAAAGAAGGCCCCAGUCUUUUGUCCCCACCCUCUGGACUAGGAUUUCUGAGAAGCUUAUCGGCUUACCUACCAUUAGUUGUCUUCCAAUGGCACCAGAGGGUUGGUGAACCAUUUCUCAGUUCAUGCAAGGCAACGGUGGAGGCCAAAAGGCUUGCAUUAUCUCUGCAUCCGAGAAGGAGAGGGGAAGAGAGGAGCACGUCAACUCAAGGCUUGCUGUACCUUGUUCCUGCUGGUGCAUGCCACACGCUAAGUCAGCCUAGCUCCACCUGGUGCUUUCCAGGUGAUUUGGACGUAUGCCAGCUGUGUUGAUGGGAGUUGUAGUCCAAAACUUCUGGAGGUCAUCAGGUUGGCAAAGCUUGUGAAUCAUGGCUUAGCAUGGCAUGUGACGCAGUAAGGGUGAAAGGAAGAGCAGCUGUUGCAAAUGUGUGACGCCUAUCAAAGUAACUCUGCACGGAGGUUUCUGAAGUUGGGCAAAAUGGUGGCUUUUUCCUUCCCAUCAGCCUCACACACCAACCCAGGCCAAGCUAUGUUAGUAGCAGGGUUAUUCAAAUGCAUUGGAUUCUUGGCACUAGAAUCUCUUGCUAACAACCAGUCUUGAGCAGGGAUUGGGGAGGAUUUGUAAGAUUCCAACACUAGUUUUAAGUCAGGAAUGGGGAACCUUUGGCCCUCCAGAUGCUGUUUGUCUCAACAUCCCUGACUGUUGGCUAUGUGAGGUGCAGUUGAUGAUAGGUGCAGUCCCAACAAGAUCUGGAGGGCCACAAGUUCCCCAUUUCUACUUUAAGUGCAUCCACCUUCAGACAUUUCUUUUCUACAGGGAUCCUUGUGAACUCUGGACAUUUGCCCAGAAUGCACAACAGCCAUGCUCAGGUUGGAGUGCCAAGAUGUGUCGGCAAAGCACAUGUUCAAUAUGGAGGCAUACAUGAGUUUGGCCAGUCAAUAAAUGUUGCUGCUUAUCUUGGGUGAUAAGACCACUUAAUCUUGCUCCUUUCUCCCCUGUCUCUCUAGAUGGAGAGGAGCCCAAACAUUUCCUGGCUCUUCCAUUUUCGCAUUGUCUGUAAGUACCUGCCUUCCUUUCAAGGCUUUCCUCUUCCAUUGCCCCACAGCUUCCAGUCCUUUCUCAAUGAAAGAGGGACAUACCUGCAGUUGCCCCAAAUCUAGACCAUUUUCUUGCUUAUGGCAAGGGUUGUUGCCCACCCACCUGUGCUGAGUGCAAAUGUAGGAUUGGUUAACGAUCCAGCUUCCUCAGGAAGAGAGAGAAGAAUGAAUAUGCAAUUACUUCAGAGGAAGAAUAUGGCAAUUAUUUCCAUUGCGUGUGAUUUGGCUUAGUUCCAAUUUGUUUUUUUUGGGGGGCGCGUUCCAAAAGCACCCUGGGAAAAGAAGUGAUUUUCUUCCAUUAAAGAGGGGAGCAUAUUGCCCUGAGGCAAUUUGGGAGGCCAUGCCAGGCAGAAGGGGCAACAAGAGAGGGCAGGAUUGUUUCAGGGAGCAACAGGCCUUUGGAGGGGGAAGUUGGUGGCGAUAUAUUGGAAUAGAAGAGGAGGGAAAUAACUGGCGGGGAGCGAGGCCAUAGCAAGCUCUGCGAGAGAAGGGUAGAAAGUUUGUGCUGGAUCUGGGAAUUGGUGGGAAGCAGGCAUAGGGGUUUAAGGCUGACCAGCUGCGGAUAUAAUUUGUACAAACCAGACAGCGUAGUUCAGGGCUUGCAUUCAGAAAUGGGAAGUCAUCCCUGGUGUUUUAUUCAUCUAUUUGGUUUUAUUUUUAGAUGCUUUUAUAAUGUUAAAUAAACAGGGCAGUUUGCACUAAGAACACCCAAAACAGUUAACAUGCAAAUUAGACAGGUCCAGGCAGUCAAAUAGGUACGUUUAAAAAGAAAGAAUCUAAAUUCUUAAGGCAAAGUACCUUAAGGCGACAGCAGGAUGUGGAGGUUUGAUAGCUAAUUUGCUGAGCUGAAACAGGAGUUCUUGCCUAAGAAAACUCCUGUGGUCAUUCAUGUGCUCUGCCAAGAGUUUGGCGGGAUGAGCAUUUCCCAACUGUUAGACCCUUGGGCCUGAUGAGAAUAGGGUUCCUCAGCUGAGCCUCAGCUAAAACUUAGCCCUGGUGAAGGCUUUGCUAAAAAUGCUUCACACCACUUCUGCUGGCAGAGCAGCAGUCGGUCUGCUUGUAAGGUUUUUGUGGCUUUGUGCAAGGGUGGAAUAAUUAGUAGGGAGGAUGGCGGAAGGGGAGCCUGAGUAAAAGGAGCUUCCCCAUCAGACGCUUUGUGGUGUGGAGGGUGAGGGCGGGUUGGCAUUUGGCACAGCUUUAAGCACUUCCUUCUGGGGGCUCUGCAAAGGAGGCAGUUGGUUAAGGAGGACAACUCCAGAUGACAUUUGCAUGCAGGGACUGCAGGAAAUGUUAUUUCAUACUGGCAUUUGCAUAUAGCUCACUUGGGUGCUCUGACACAAAGCCCUACGUGGCCACUGUCUGUGGGACUUCCCACUGUCUCAACCUGCUCAAGCAGAAAUGCAAAUGAUUAAGCGGUAUAUAUAAAUGCCCUAAGCAAAUAGGUAAAGAACAAGGGAGCCAACAAAGAACGCUUGAGCUGCUGGAGAAGGGCUUGGGGAACCUGAAGCCUUCCAGAUGUUGAGGGACUGCCAUCUCCCUUCAGCCACAGCCAGCAUGGUCAGGGGCCAGGGAUGAUGGAAAUUGUAGUCCAACACUGUCUGGAAGGUCACAGGUGUCCCCAUGCCUGUGCUGGAACCGUUGGUGCACAGCUGGUUAUUGCUGUGAUGGGAUUCCUGGAGUUCAGGGCUGACUUCUGCUGUAACUGCUCUUCUGUUGGGAAUGCUUUGGGGCAUUCUCUUAAGAUGCUGUGAAGUGUAAUCCCCCUUUGGCAGGCUUUUGUAAAUGUUGGAGAUAAAUGGCAGCAAAAUGCAAGAAGUACAGUCUGUGAUGCUUCAAUUGAAGCUGAGGUGCCUGCCAAAAAAUAAAACAAAAUAAAAGACAGUGACCAUUUGCAAGCACAGUAAUUGGUGCUGAAACGAGCAGGGGCUUAGCACUGCUAAUUCAACACCCACAGUGGGUCAGCAAACCAUUUCUCUAUUUAGCAUCUGAUGAACUGAACUUUUUGGUAAACUACAUUUCAGCUGCUUGACACCAGAGUUUCAAAGUUUGUUUUCAAGGGUGGGCCACCAUGAGGUCAAUAUCAGCGUGUCCUAGCAGGUUGAAUGUUCUCCUACUGGCUUCUGAAUAUCACCAUUUCAGAAAGCUUAUGCCGUAGUACAUUUGCUAGUCCUUUCCUUUAGGUGUCACAAGACCGUGGGGGUUUUUGAUGCAACAGGCUAAUCUGGCUAGCCUUCUAGAAAUGGCAAAUCUCUCUUUCUCUCUCUUUUUAGCUCUGAUGCUGCUCCUGGGCAUUCUGGAUUUCCUGUUUGUCAGCCAUGCCUACCACAGCAUCCUCACACGGGGAGCCUCCGUCCAGCUGGUCUUUGGCUUUGAGGUGAAUGGAGUACGCGUUGCGCUUUGUAUGGAAGUCAUUGCUCACAGUAGCUAGCAGAGGUUUCUGACAGCCUUUGAUGACACAGACCACAGAUUGCAAAGAGGAGAGCAGACCAGCAGCUGUGAAUGGCCCUGGGAAGCAGAGCACUGGGUGGGGUGGGGAGAUGUAGCCAUAGGUUUCAGCAAUUCAGAAACUCCUUUUCUCCAUGCAAGUCAAUAGAGCAGCUCUUGUUCAAUAGCCUGGUGUGAAGAACUAAGCUGGGAUAACUCAGUUAGUAGAGCAUGAGACUUUCAAUCUCAGGGUUGUGGGUUUGAGCCCCACCUCACGCAAAAGAUUAUUGCAUUGCAGGGCGUUGGACUAGAUGACCCUCGUGGUCCCUUCCAACUCUACAAUUCUGUGAGUCUAAGAAGACGAAAGAAUCUACAGUCAUGGAGAUGUGUAUGUUCAUGGGUGGGACACACUUGCCGUACACCAGCUGCCACCUUAUACAUUCUGAGCGAAGGAGUGUUUUUAGAGUUGGACAGACUUAAUUUAGAUUAAAAACAAGAAAACAGACAGUGAUUUAGAUUGCUUUUAAGGAGGUAAUUUCUAAACCAGUAGGGAUUUAAAAUUCAAAGCAAGAAGCUUUGCUGGAUUCCAGAUAGAACUGUGUCAGAGUUUGAGGGGGAUCUGUGGAGGCUGGUCCAUUAGUUCCCAUAGGGCAGUGUCCCAUGAACCUAAGCCACCUCCCACCUGCUUGCUUUCCUGCUUACAGCCAGUCCAGGGAGUGGCCCUGCCUGUUGGAUUCCUCCUCCUUAGUCCCAGGGUUGCCCUUGCAGAACUCAGGUGGGGGAUGAGGAGGAUUGGGAGAAAGGUGGAAUGAGUUUCCCCAACCUGUCAUCAGCUCUGACUCCAGCUCCUCUUGGGCUCCCUGCCAGUCCCAAGGGACAUCAGCCACUACUGGAGGGGAUGCGUUGUAGAUCCUCUUCAUGCUGAUACUUUGGCUGUUGCCUGCUGUGUUGAGCGUCUUUUAUUAUGGUGAAAGCAUAGGAAGGUAUUUGCCACCCCUGACACUGCCCAUCCUUUCAGAGAGAAUCAUACAAUCAUAGAACUGUAGAGUUGGAAGGGACCCCGAGGCCAUCUAGUCCAACCCCCUGCAAUGCAGGAAUCUCAACACGUGGUCCCCCAUCCAAUUUGAAACCACACUGGACCCUGCUUAGGUUUGCAAAUGUGCUAGCAUUUUUAUUGCUUCACCGAAGUCUCAUGGAAGGCUGUUGCUUCAUGAAUGCAUCCUAGUUAAUCCCUGUAGCCAGAAACAAAGAACUGCAGGAAGGGUGAGGUAUGUGUCGUAGGUUGGAAUUGUUGCUUGUUGGUUUAACUUAAUGGCUUGAUGUGAGUUCCUUGGCACUGCCAGCUUUGGAUAUGGUGUGCCUGGCUUGACAUGGCUGCCCCCAUAUUGCCCUCAGGGCGGAUUGAACCUUGAAGCAUUGAUGUCUGGUGGGAGCAGGAAAGAGGACUCCUGAUCCGUGAGCUGCUUUGGUUUUCUCUGGGAAGCGACGGCAGGAUUAAGGAGAUGUUUGCCAACCGAUGCCUCAUUCUGUCAGUUGACUUGGUCCUCUCUCUCUGGCUGCUCCUUUCCCACAGUAUGCUAUCCUCAUGACGAUGGUGCUCACCAUCUUCAUCAAAUACAUCCUGCACUCCAUCGACCUCCAGAGCGAGAACCCUUGGGACAACAAGGCCGUCUACAUGCUCUAUACAGAGCUCUUCACAGGUGAUGGGGGAAGGCCUGUGGGUCAGUGGCAGAACACCAGCUUUUCAUGCAGGAGGCCCCAGACAGGGAUGGGAACGGCCCCUGCCUGAGACCUUGACGAGCCUCUGCCAGUUGUUGUAAUACUGAGCUAGAUGACCCCAGGGUCUGAUUAUGUAAAUCUUGUCAUGUUGUAAGCCGCCUUGAGCACUGUUUUAACUAUGGAAAGGCGGCAUACAAAUAAAAUGAUAAAUGAAUGAAUGAUCAAAUAUAAAGAGGCUUCCUAGGUAACAGGGGCCUCCUGGCCGAAGAAAGCAGACAAUGGGUUCCUGCCUUGGAGUUAUUUUUCUGGCCCGUGGCAGUUCUUGGUGGGGCUUGGCCAGGUGGGCACAAAGCAGCCUCCCUGCACAUGCCAGCCAUAAAAGUAGUAGUGAUAAUUUUAUUAUUUGUAUGCUGUAGCCACUCCGGUUGGCUUCCAGUAAAAUAUAAAAAAUCAAUAAAAUUAAAUAUCAAACAAUAAAAUAUCAAACAUUAAAAACUGCUUUCAGGGCUGCCUUCCGAUGUCUACAGAAGGUCGUAUAAUUGGUUAUCUGUUUGACAUCUCAUGGGAGGAUGUUCCACAGGGUGGGCGCCACUACCAAGAAGGCCCUCUUCUUGUUCCCUGUAGCUUCACUUCUCGCAGUGAAGGAACUUCUAGAACUGGACCUCAGUGUCCUGGCUGAGCAAUGCUGGGUGGAGACGCUCUUUUAGGGCCGAGGGCAUGUAGGGCUUUAAAGGUCUGCCUUCUCCUGGGCCUAGUGGCAACUCCUCAUGGAGAAAUCAAGCCAAUUUUUUUUUGGGGGGGGGGUUUGAUUUGUGACAGCUGAGCCAAUUCCCUGGUGAGAAAAGGACACGGAGCAUCUGUGGUUUGGUUGCUGGGAAAGAUUUUGCCUCUUGGCAACAUGAAGGUUUACGUGCUGGCUUGACCCCCGCUUUCUUCCUCCGCCUCUUCUUCUGCAGGAUUCAUCAAGGUCCUCUUGUACAUGGCCUUCAUGACCAUCAUGAUCAAAGUGCACACCUUCCCGCUGUUUGCCAUCCGACCCAUGUACCUGGCUAUGAGGUGAGAUGUGGUUGGCAUCGUCGUAUGCGCGGGCUUGCAAAUGCAUGUGUCAGUCUGCUUGUAGGGAUCCACAUGUGUAGGAAAUAAGUCCUCUGGCUUGAAAAUAGCCAGAGUCUUGGGAGAGGAGAGGCACUUUGGGCCAAUGCCGUUUGAAGAGAGAUAACGUUCAUGCUUACUCUCUGUCGCAUCUGUGGAAGCAAAGAGGAUGGUGCCCUUAGAUCACUUGCUAGUGCUUUUUGCCUCUUUCAUAUCCCACCUUUUCUCCAAAGAGCUCAAGGUAACAGACAUCAAUCCCCCCCACUCCCCAUGUCACAUGGGUUAGACCUCGGAGGCAACAACUGGCCCAAGGUCACUCAGUGAGCUUCAUAACCAAGAAGAUGGUUUGAACCCUGAUCUCCCAGAUCCUAGUCCCACACUCUAACUACACCACACUGGCUUAUGAAAGCACCAUUUUACAAUUUUUAAAAAUAAUAUUUAGAGAAUAAACCAACAUCAAGAAACUGGCCUUUCUCAUCAGCCGGGGAAGAUGCUUGUUUCUCUUGAGUACAGCAUCAUAUGCACCUGGAACAGCUAAAGCAAGCUGAAUUUUAUUAAAACAAAAGCACUUGUUUGCUGGUGUGUUCCCAAACCACCUGUAGCUUGUUACUGCUAGGUUAUGAUUUUUAUAGCGCAGUCUAUGUACGUGGCAUUUUAUACUGAGCAGGUUUGACAGACCUGUGCCCCAUGUGGCUGAAACUGAUACAGGGAAACAAUUAAGAGGAAGGGGGUGGAGAUGGAGGCAGGUAGGGAAAGAACACGCAGUGAUUUCAGUCUGCAUGUGUUUUGGAUGUAUUCAAUUACAUUAAAUAAUAGGGACUAGGAGGAUGAGGGAGCAGCAUCAGCAAAUGAAGCAGGAGAAGGGAAGCCCAGGGGAAAGGAUUUAGAGUCAUAACAUUCAGAGCCGCUAUCUUGGACAGAAGCAGGAGUCAGACACACAGGUUUUCAGUAACUAGGCAAGAUGUUAACCCAAGGGUGUCCUGCCCAGUAUUCUCGUAAGAUGUUUUGGUAAGACUUUUCAAAUCAGCGGUAGACUUGAUUCUCGUGUAUGUCCAUCCAGGCAGUUCAAGAAAGCUGUGACAGAUGCAAUCAUGUCCCGCCGAGCUAUUCGCAACAUGAACACCCUGUGAGUAUUCACUGGGAAGGGGGUGAGGGCUGUAGAAAGCGGUUCUCCGUUCCAAGUUUGCUGAGGUGAGGGGGGAGGGCAGAGCUUUCAUGUUUUGCUGGAGCCUUAAAUAAAACACCAUAAACUGGACCUUGCGAAAGGCAGGGAAGAAGGUCCAUGACCUUCUGCAAUCCUUUUCCUCCUCCCCAGGUACCCGGACGCCACUCCAGAAGAACUGCAGGCCAUGGACAACGUGUGCAUUAUCUGCCGGGAGGAGAUGGUAAUGGGUGCAAAACGCCUGCCUUGCAACCACAUAUUCCACACCAGGUAGGAGCCUGGCUGAUACUGUACUUAAAAGCUUGAAUGUAUGAGAUGGGUUUUGUGCAGCACUGAGACAGUUCAGCCGGUACUGUUAAGCCUAGGACUGGUGGUCACUGUCCAGGGUCCCGAGCACAGAAGGUAGACAAGCGAGGAGGGCCUGACCUUGUUGGCGCUGAGCCUUGAGGGCACAGGAUAGCAGCAGUGGGGGAACCCUUGCUGUUCUGCUGGAGGAGGAUGGGGGAAAGCUUGCCAGUGGUAUUCUGGGGAGUGCAUUUGCAAACCCUGAAUAAGUCAGUAGCUGAUGUCUGCCUGCUCCAUUCAUUGUGUGCUGUAUCUUAGGGUAAUGGAGCAACCAGGCCUGGUGAAUGAACCCUCCACCCCUGAUCAGGGGCACAGAAAGCAGCUUAUGGUCCUUGUAGCUGGGACCUCUAUUUAAAAAUUGCACUGUUGGACUUUUUGUGUUAUUUGAUGCUUUCCCCCUCCCACGCUUCCUCUUGAUUGGAGGGUGCAGCUUGGGCCUGCCCAAAGGAGAGCUUUCAGCAGGCAGAGUGCCAAUCCGGUAGUUGCGACCCAGCCGCUCGCUCCAACCAGCUUGCCUCUCCCUUUCCACAGCUGCCUGCGGUCCUGGUUCCAGCGCCAGCAGACCUGUCCCACGUGCCGGAUGGACGUCCUCCGAGCCUCCCUCCCCACUCAGUCGCAGACGCCCCCUGAGCAACAGGAGGGAGGGCAGCAGCCGCCGCAGCAGCAUCAGACUCCACUGAUCCCUCAGCCGCCAAACUGUAAGUCUGAGCUGCAGGGCGAGUCAUCUCAAGCUGGUUCCCAGGAAUUCACCCCAGUACACUCCUGGCACCAAGUGACCCCUGAGGAACACCAGAGAACAGGUGGUACUCUGGGGUUCCCACAGGCGCUGCUGUAAUGUGGGGAGCUCAGCACUGUAGCUCUCACAACCGGGGUUGUGAAAGACCCUUGGUGUUCCUUUUGCAUGGUGACUCCUAAUCUUUCUGAGUUUAUCUCUCUCUUAUUAUUAUUUCCUGCAGUUCCCCAAGGCAUCCUGCCCCCAUUCCCUCCAGGGAUGUUCCCUCUGUGGCCGCCCAUGGGCCCCUUCCCUCCAGUGCCUGGCGUCCAGCCCCCCAACAAUGCAGACAACGCUUCAGCAGCCACUCCCUCCACCUCAGGAACACAGACGUCAGGUGAGGCAUCCCCUGAAGGACCACAAGUUCCUUGUCCCUGCUAUAGGGAGCAUCCUUUGAACUGUGCUCCUUGGGCUCCGUGAGUCAAGUAUGUUGGCUCCCACUGAGUGCAGCCCAGGAAGAGGAAUAGACUUGUGUGAACUUGCUUUAAGCUUGUGGGGCAACCAUGAGGUUUACGUUGCCGUCUUCCCCAGCAGGCGCCUCGAGGCCCAGCGGCGAUUCAGCAUCCGGCUCGGACACCGCGGCCCCUGCAGGGACGGUGCCUGGUUUCGCCUUCCCUCCGCCUUGGAUGGGGAUGCCGUUCCCACCUCUCUUUGGUGAGUCUCAGAAACCCAAACACAGACCCUCCUUGUGUGUGUGCAUCUCUGUGGAUGGCAGCCUGGCUGGACAGAGGAGGCAGGCCGUACCAGUGGCUGCUUCUGUGUGCCACAACAUUAGCCUCGCUUUUUGCUUAUAUCAGUGGGAUUUUGGGUAAUUGUUAAAUUUAAAUUUAAUUUAAAGCGCUUGUUAAGUGCUAUACAGAAAUGCAGAAUAAAAACCAGUAGAAAAGCAUGAGGACAGAAAAUCUAGUAAUAACAGGAUCUGAGCAGUAACUGUAAUCGUAAAAAUUUUGGUAUAAACACGUUGGCACAAUUUUGUUACUAUAUUAAGAAACAUUUGUCUGUUUGUAGUUUUGUUUUUAUUUAUAUAUAUUUAUGUAAUUGUUGCAUGUCGUAUGCUCUAAUGGAAACAAAGAUACACUGUAUCUUAGUACCACCAUGUUAAACAGUUUAAAGAUGAAAAUGAAUAAAAACCUACGUGAUAUCUAUUUAUCUUCUAUCUGUCUGUCUAUCUAUCUAUCUAUCUAUCUUUUGGGUCAGGGAAAGCCUGGGCAAAAAUAAAUGUCUCCACAAGGUGUCUGAAGUGCUUGAUGGGGGCAGCUGCUUCAUGUAUGGCAGAGGGAAGGGUUUUUCACAGGAAGAAAUACCUCGUUUGGUCUGUCCUGAUUCUGAUUCCAUUGUGGCAGAGGGAAGUGCAUUCCGUGGUGCUGGGCCAAUGGCAAAAAAUGUCUGUUUUCUGGUCAUUAAUCUGUGAUCCUGUGUAGGGUGUGGUGCCAUGAAUAAGGUUUGAGUCCUAUGCUAUUUUUCUAGAAAAAGAGGUGCCGGAACGCACCACGAACACCUCCCUUGUGCUCUUACAAUGGGAAUAGUGCCGGAAUUGAGUUCCGGCUGGAAAAAAAGAGAAAAGCCCUGGUUGUAUCCAACAUUAGUCCCACUCAGAGAAGACCUAUUGAAAUGAAUGGGCAUAACAUUGGACACUGACCCUCAUUUUCACAGCUGAUCUGAAUGGUAUUAGUUGUCUGUGUGCUCUAGGGACUAGCUCCUAGUCCUGUUGAUCUCUCUCUCUUUCCCUCUGUGUCUUGUCUCAUAUACACAGUGUUCUUUCUUCUCCUAAAGGUUUCCCUCCGAUGCCGGUACCACCAUCUGGGUUUGCUGGGCUGACAGAGGAAGAGCUGCGGGCCAUGGAAGGCCAUGAGCGGCAGCAUUUGGAAGCCCGUCUCCAGUGCCUGCAGAACAUCCACACACUCCUUGACGCUGCCAUGCUGCAGAUCAACCAGUAUCUCACUGUGCUGGCAACAAUCGGGUAAUCUCCCUGGUUCUCUCCCUGCUCCCCAACAAGGUUUUGCUGCAGCAGGUCUUGAUUCUGCAACUGAACUGCCUUGAGACUAGCCUUCGUUUCCUUAAAGUUGGCGGGCAUUGCUUGGGAUUGGAGCAGUUACUGUAUUUAGAGGUCAACAGGCUGGUUGUGUGUCCUGGUGUGUGGGUGGCUUUUGGUGGUCACAAGCUAGAACAAGCCUAGUUUGGCUCUGCAGAUGUUGCUGAACUACAAUUCUCAUCAUCCCAACAAGCAUGGGCAUAUGGACUGGGGUGAUGGGGAUUGUAGUUCAGCAACAUCUCAAAGGCCAGAGGUUCCGCUCAUCUGCCCCUGAACUACCCUAACUUCAUUUCCUACUUGAAUGUUCUCAAUAAUAAUAAUAAUAAAUUUAUUUAUUUAUACCCCGCCCAUGCAGCUGGGUUUCCCCAGCCACUCUGGGCGGCUGCCAACAGAUUAAAAACAGAAUAAAACAUCAAAUAUAAAUAGCUUCCCUAAACAGGACCGCCUUCAGAUGUCUUCUAAAGUCUCCCCGCAAGGGUGAGACUGCUUGAAUUCCAAGGAAAGGGAAAGUCUUAAGAGUGUUGGAUUAGCUUCAAGAGUUCAGCUUCCUACAAAGCCAGAAGGCUGACUAAAUGAGAGCCAAGGAUUGGGGAUGUUGCCCCUUUUCCGUGAGUAGCAAUAGUGCAACAUAAGUAGAAGUGGAACCACCACUGACUUCGUCUAUGAUCUGAAGAAUUUGUGCUUGAGCUUGCUUUUCCCUCCUCCCUUCGUUCCUUUUUCCUAUUGCAGCAUGUCUUUUAGAUGGUGAGCCUGAAGGCAGGGGCGAUUUCUGUUUUCCGAUCUGAGAGCCUUUUUGACUAGGAGGGCAGGGUAUAAACAUUGCUAGUAAUAGAAGUAUAAUGUGUAUUCCGGUAUUAUUAUGAAGAACCAGAUUAUUUAUACAGGCCUCAACUUUUGACUUCUCUUGUUGCAUACACUUGCAUUUUUUAGCUCUCCCCACAGGUUAUGGUAGUAUGUAAACUGUUAGUUUCCUAUUAGUCUUUUCUUCAGCCACUGAUGUGCAGACUCUGUUGUGUGCAUCUGAUGGCAAUCUGUUGUUCUCAGUUGAUUUUUUUUUAAGGGUACACCAUUUGGUUUUCUACAUCUAUAAAAUGAGAAUUGAAAUGGGAAAGCGGUAUCAUGUCCAAGCCCAGCUAGUAAGUCACAGAUUGCCUGUGUGUGUGUGUGUGUGUGUGUGUGUGUGUGUGUGUGAUCUUGACGCAGUUCUUGCAUUUUGCCUGCUGGAUCUCUUACCUCUCUGUCUCUCGCAGGACGCCCCGAACUGCGCAGCCACCAAGUGCCCCAGCCGCUUCAGCACCCCCUUCGGAGACCCCCAGUCCUGUACCUGGCACAAGUGAACCCGCCACCACCACUUUCCAGUCUGCAGACAGCACCUCUUCACCUGCAGAAGAGACAGACGCGGCAGAUCAAGCAGGUAGCCGGAGUCAAUUGGUGCUGAGAUGUUGCUUUUGAAAGGGGGAUACAGUUGCGGGCAGCAUGCCACGAUCCCCAUCUUUAUUAGCUUAAAGUCAGCAGAACAUGAGACUCUUAAUCAUGUGUUGGACUAGAUGACCCUAAGGUCCCUAGGGGGUUGGACUAGAUGACCCUAAGGUCCCUUCCAACUCUACAAUCUGUGAUUCUAUGAUUCUAACACAUUUUACAUCUUUGAAGCUGCUGGGUUUUGGAUUCCUGGCUGUUGGUUCUCCUUAGCAUGCUGCUGAUGCUAAUGAAAUGUUUAGUGGGGGUAUCACAGAAGUUUUUGCUUUCUGCAUUUUGACAGUCAGGACUUGGUCAGCCUUGGGGAAUGUGGUGGUUACUGAGUUCAAGUUCAGCAAGGGUGACUUAGAAAAGAUUUGGCCAGGGGGUUAAGGAUGGAAAGAAUUGUCCUGAUCAGAGGACAGGGGAGCCUGUUUCAGAUGCAAGUAUGGGUGUAGAAUGAAUGGUUUUUAUUUUAAAAUGGAAUAAUAUUUGCUUGUUUAAAACAUUUGUAUCCUGCUAUUCCUCCAACAGAGUCCAGGGAACAUAACAAAUAAUAAAUGUUACAGCCCUGCCAUAAAUAAGAAUAAGACUAUAAAAUAAGACAACAAAAACAGCAAUAAAGUUAGGAGGAGAAUGGAAAUAGACAACCCCUAAAUUUUACUAAAACAAUUCCCAGCUGAGUUGAAACAACAAGUAUUUGAUUUACUUAAUUUUUUGUGUAAACCGCUUUGAAGGUUUGUUUUUUGCAUUCAAGCAGUAUAUAAAUUUUAUAAGACACACACACAACACACUUUGAACUAAAAAGACUAGAAACUUGAUGCUGAGGAACGCUACCUCCUUGUGUGUUUGUGCUAGUUUUGGCACAGACCCCCAAAAUUGUGGUGUUUCUCCCUCCCCAGAUCUGUCCCCAGCAACAGCCGGUGCCAAGGGCUACACAGAGCCAUCUGGCCAGGAGCAGGAUGGAGCUCAAUCUUCCCCAGAGGAACCAGACACUGCAGAGCUGCGCAGGCGCCGACUUCAAAAACUGGAAUUUCCUUCUUCCUCCUCCCAUUGAUGUCCCUGCUGCCCCCUCCCAGCCUGUGCUAUUUCUGUCCCUUUUCCAAAAAAAGAAAAAAGACGAAGAAAAGCAACAUGCGGUGAGAGAAAGGAGACCUGGAUGCCUUUUACUUGCGCUACUGAGUGCUGAUGCGAUACACAGCCGCCUCUGGGGAGGGGGUCCACACUUUUCUGCAGGACCAGAGAGGGUGGGAGGGGAAAGCGCCUCCAAAACUUGACUCUGCCUUGAUUUCUAACUCUUAAAAGAAAGCAACUGUCCAUCCUGCAACAUAGAAUAGUCUUAUUCUGACCCCCUCACAGAAGGACAGCAAUGCCUCUAGUUCCCAAGUCUGUCUCGUCUCAGCCAGACGGACUCUUACACCACGGGAGCAGCCUGAGGAAGGCCCUCCUUCCCUUUUGCACACCUGGCUGAAAGGGUUUCCCCAUCAACAGUUUUGGAGGAUGGCUUCUCCUGCGGGCAGUUUGUUUUUGUUUAGUUCUCCAUUUCUGACUCUGCGGCGGGAUUUUUAGGUGGGUUCUUCGUUGGAUAUUUCUGAGCAAAGCAGCCUUUUCAGUUUUGGGGUGGGGAUGUGGAGGCCAACUGAAUGGAACAUAGGCUUGACAUUUUUGUAGAUGCUUUUUCACAGUAGCUGUUUUAAGGCCACAGCUUCCCACCACGAGGUCUUUUUUACCCUCCCAAACAAACAAACAAACAAACAAACACCCUGGGGAAACGGCAGGUCACCUCAAUGAUUAAUUUUGCUGGCUCUCUUUGAGCUCAGGUUAAGAGGAGACAUAUUCUUGACAGCAGAGGGUGUGAGUCUGUAGCGAUUGCUCUCCCCUCUCUCUGUGGGCAUAGGGCUUGCGAUUUAAAACUAUUUUGUACUCCCUUACCUGAUUUUUAAACAAGGAUUCCUCCAAGCAGCAGUAGAUGGAGAGGAGGUCCUGGGGUCCUGCUGUGAAAUGGUUACAGGGGGAGUUGAGAUGUGCCCUCCGAGGUGGCCAUCUGUCUGCCUUGCCCCUCUGCUGCUUCAAGGGCUGGAGCCAGGUGUUAGAUGACUUUCGGCUGCAGCCUGUGUGGGCCUUGCAAUGCCUAAUCCAGAGUCCCGAGUUCUGAGCACGCACAAUAUGUGGCAGGCUGUGGGUGUAAUCCUGAGAAAGUUAGAACAAAUGUAAGUGCCACAGGACUUCUGAGAGCAUCUGAAAGCACGUUGGUUAAGUAGAACGUCAGCCACCGAGUCCUCCUAGUGGUGGUUUGUGUUUCCAGUUCUGGCACCCUCUUCCUCUGCUUCCAUUAAUUCCAGGUUUGCCUGCUCUUCUUUGCAGCCCCUGUUCACUCCCUCUCUUCCAAAUGCUCAGACCCAGAAAAUGCUUAUUUGAGAGUCGCCACAGGCAACAGGCCCUCCUCUUCCUCAGCUCCUGAAGCUGCCAGCAUUGGGGAACAGGCCUUUUGAGAUGCUCCUGCCUGUGUCUGUCUGACUUCAUUUCUGGGAAUAACAACGCCUCCUUUCUGGCGUCUUCACAAUAAUGUCCAUCAGCUUGUAGAUCCCAGCUAUGCCUGAUCAAGCUGUCUGAAAGGCAGCAGGGAGAGGAGCGGAGCCUGUGAUGGGGCUUCCCUUCCCAAAGGCAGGGCCCCCAUGUUACCUGAGCAGCUAUUCUGAGAGGGGGGUUAGGGGGCUGGAAGCGUUUGCCUGCUUUUGCAUCUCAGUGCACUCAUCUCCAGCUUUGCAGUGGGGUUGGUGGGGACAAGUCUCUUGAGUGUGAUGCUUUCUCCCUUGCUUUAAAAGAACAGGCAGUUUUCAGAAACUAAUUGGGACACAUUCCCCAGCCGGUGGAUCCAGCAGUGUGUGCUUUUCCCCUGCACUUGGGACCCCCAUGCUGUAAACAAUCUGAAGCUGUCAGGCUCCCUCUGGGGUCCCUGCUCCCCUGCAGGGUGGAAAACACUGUCCUGUCCCUGAGAUGGUGCCAAGGGUCUUUGCCCCUUCUCACUGAAACAUCCCAUGCUCCCAGCAAAAUGCUGCAUUGUUCAGCUCAUGGAAUAUGAAGUCCCGUCCCACCCCCUGGCAAGAUGCCUGCUUAAUUCUGUUUUCAUUCCUGGGACACCACCUGUAGGACCAUCUAUAUUUGAUGCUAGACUGCCUCAGAUUUCUUUUUUUCAGAGAAACUGGGCCACCUUCCUGUAACUUCCAAGUUGUUUGGGGGUCUGAGUUGUCCCACUUCAAGACAGGUUAGGGCAUUGUGACAUGCAGUAUUCACGUUUCUUACUCGGCAGAAGAGGAAGAAAGCAAUCAGUUUAGAUUUGAGGUGGUGGUUGUGGGAAGAGGCACAUGGGAAGGGUGGCUUAAAGUAUUGAUUUCAAUAAAAGACUUUGAUCACGGCUCCUGUUAGCUUCAUUUUCCAAAUUUUGGAAAAGCCUUCUGAGGGUGGUUCUCCCUUUGUCCUCUCUGCUCAGUAAAACUAAGGUGGAUUUACAGAAUUGGCAUAUAGGAGAAAGUUAGCACGUGCCAUGCUUUGUAAUAAGGUGUCCUAAAUCUGACACAGUGGGCACAUCUCUGCAAACCACCUGUCCCUUUGAGGAAGGCAAGAAGCAAUGACUGACAAGUGACUUUCUCCUGUCCACACCUCCCCUGCGAAUCCAAUUUUGUAACAUUAGGAAGAGAACAUGGCUCCCGUCUUGUUUUGGAAUGUGCAUUGGCAGUAUGUGGCUAAUGUUAGGAAAGUUGCAUACAUCCCCCAGGAGGUAGAAUGUCACGCUCUAAUUAUAGCAUUGAAAGACUGUCUUGUAGUAGAUCAGUUUUGCACAUGGACCCUCGAACAGCCUUUCUGUUUCGGGAAGCUCUACAUGUGCAAAAAAAAUUGAGAAAUCCUGAAUUAAGUACAUAUCACCAUCUUGGAAAAUGUCCAGUGACCUUGUCUUAAUGCCUGGCGAGAGUUUUUUUGGGUGGGAGAUCUUGCUGUGGGUAGCACAAGGCAGCCGGGUUGAAAUCUCACCCUUCAAAUUCCUUCCUGCCCUUUCUAUGCUGUGUCCCACUAACCCAGGGCUCUGUUGUUCAUACUCCCCCCCCCCCCCCAAUUUCCCACAUUGCGCUGUGGCCUUUCUGCCAGUACCCUUCCUGAUACUUUUACUUUUCAAGGAACCCAUAUUACAAUGCUUUGGAGGUGUGUUACAUGUAAGCCAGAGAUGGGGAACCUGCCAACUUUCCAUGUCUCGUUGGACUUCCAACUCCCAUCAGCGACAGUCAGCGGUCAAGGAUGAUGUAAGUUGUUAUCCAGCAACUUUUGGAGGAUUGCAGGUUCCUCACUGGGGUAUAAAUACUAGAGCCUCUUCUCUUAAGGGGGCAGGCAGGAUUGAUGGUCUGACCCCAUCAGUUUGGAUUCUGCCAGGGGGUGCAGUUGGUGGCUCUCCCUUCCAUUUACUAUGCAGGUUUUGCCUAGGCCUAGGAAUGAACCUGAGAUCAAAUAUGCCAUUGUAUAGCACUUUGAAGCAAGCUCGGCCACCUCCUUUUUCAGUGAGUGAAUGCCAUCGCUCACGUGUGCAAUGGAUAUGUUUCCUUCUGCAGCAGGGAAGGGAAAAUUUGGAGGAGCAAAAAACCAACACACACACGAGUGACAGCACCUGUAAUUCAGGCAUGGGGAACCUUUCGCUCUCAAGAUCAGUGUUUCCCAAACUUGGGUCUCCAGCUGUUUUUGGACUGCAACGCCCAUCAUCCCUAGCUAGCAAAGACCAGUGGCCGGGGAUGAUGGGAACUGUAGUUCAAAAACAGCUGGAGAACCCAAGUUUGGAAAAUGCCGAUCUAGAUGUUGCUGAUGUCCCACCAGUCCCUGCAAGCAGGUGGUGACAGAGAGGAUGGAAACUCAGCAACAUCUGGAAGGCCAAAAUUCUCCAACACCUGCUGUAAACAGAAGAAAAGUUGGCAGAAAGGGUAGAAGUAGGGGAGAGAGGUGUGCUUGCGAUUACUUUGUCUUGCCAGUGGAUUUUCCUUGCUCCUGGCACUGCACACAGCCCGUCAUGGAGGCUGUGAUUUGAAAUUGAGGAUUUGUUUCCACACAAGUGACCCCCUGAAGACCAACAGGCAUGCAGAACCUGUGAAGUCACUGGACUCCAACUCCCCAUCUCUCUGAUCAAUGGGAGGUGGAGCCCAGCAACACCCAGAGGACCGCAGGCUCCCCUAUCCCUGACGUACAAGGAGGCUUUGAGUUUUUGUGGCCUGUUUGCAGCUGCUCAGCAUAUUAUUACCCAUAUGAUUCCCUCCCCUCCCUUUUUAAAAAAGAGCUUUUGAUUUUGUGUACACUUUCUCUCUCGAGAGCCGAGUGGCCUUUUUUUCCACACCUCCAAAAACACAUUUGAAAGUGGCCAGAUUGUGUUACCUUCCUCACAGCCUCUCCUGCAACAUUUCAUGGGUUUUGGAACAGAUAAUUACAUGCAUUUUGACAAAGCAGCCUCCCAGGUUUUACUUCUGCAUUCCGGGUCUUAACCAAAUGAGGUGGCUAGUCAAAGUGAUAGCGGAAAUCCUACAGCUGCUGGAUUCCCCCUUUACAUAAAUAGUGGGAGGGGGAGCGGGAAAUGGUAUUUUGUAAAAGCGAUUGCCAUUUUGUUGUUGUUUACAUGUCAAAUUCAUUGGGUUUUAUCCAAUGCCCAUCAUGGCUUUGAAUGGAUCAGCCCGAGUAUGACCUGGAUUAAACCUGUAAUACGUCAUUUAAGAAGAAGAAAAAUCUGUUUUCAAAUUGUGUCACCUGGGAGAAGGGAAUUGCUUUGGGAAGAAUCUAUACCUCUGUUCUCAUUUCUUAUUCUUAACAUCAGUGGUGUUCAGUUGGCUCAGGGUCCUUUUGAAUGCCGCAAAUAAUAAUUACUAUUUUUGUCAAACUUGGCUCCUUUAGGAGUUGAUAUGAACGCUGUGUGUUAACAUGGAGGUGAAGGAGGUUUGGAUAAUUAUUUAAUUUUUUUGUAAAUAUUGUAUAAUUUUUAAUAGCUUGAACCGUGUAUAUACGUCAAAUAAAAACUUGCAUUAAAAAUGG